AAAAUAAAAAUCAAUAGCGAGGAUGGUGGAAAGGGAAAAGAAAAAACUUGCCUCUGGUGGAUUCCCAGAGAUUCAAUGUAAGGAGAGAGUGCGUGGGUAGUCUCAAUGUUAAUUCUUCUUGGGAUGCGUGUACAUAUGAUCUUCAUAUGAUGGGAGGCACGUCCAUUUGAAUUCAUCCCUGAACAGAGGAAAAAAGAAGACUCUCCCUCUCUCUCUGGAAUCAGAAUGCGUUAAUCCGCAGCAAAAGAAAACUCUCCCUCUCUCUCUGGAAUCAGAAUGCGUUAAUCCGCAGCAGAUUUGAUUUCUUUGGGCGACCCAUAUGAGCAGAACAUGGCCUUUCAUUGGCUCCGGUACUUUUGCUUGAAGCAGGGGAAGAGGCUGAUGAUCGAUGAGAACUCGGAAUCUAAGAAUGAAUAUCUGCGGCGCGAAGCCUCUUGCGUCCGCGACUCGUCUGCAGGCGGAGUGGAUCCAAUUAGAUCGGAGAUCAAUACAGAAUCGAAAUUGGAUCAUUCCCUUUCAAAAUAUGGGCCUGCUGCUCAAAAUAAAGGUUACACAUUUACAUAUGAGGAGCUUAGAGAUGCAACAAAAAAUUUUAUGCCAAAGUGUUUAUUAGGGGAAGGUGGAUUUGGGUCUGUUUACAAGGGGCAACUAAAAAGCACUGGUCAGGUUGUGGCAGUUAAAAAACUAAAUCCAACUGGUCUCCAGGGUGACAAGGAGUUUCUGGUGGAGGUUCUCAUGCUUUCCCUUCUGCGUCACCCUAACCUUGUUAGUAUGUUUGGCUACUGUGCAGAAGGGGAGCAGCGUCUUCUUGUUUAUGAAUUUAUGGCUUUAGGUUCUUUGGAAGAUCAUCUCCAUGAUCUUCCACCUAACAAGGAACCAUUGGAUUGGAACAUAAGGAUGAUGAUAGCUGCUGGUGCAGCAAAAGGAUUGGAUUACCUGCAUAAUGAAGCAAAUCCUCCUGUCAUAUACAGAGACUUUAAAUCAUCAAACAUCCUAUUGGGUGAGAAGUUCCAUCCAAAACUUUCUGAUUUUGGUCUUGCGAAGUUUGGUCCUAGCGGAGGUAACUCACAUGUCUCCACCAGGGUCAUGGGCACUCAUGGUUAUUGUGCCCCCGAGUAUGCCUUAACAGGAAAACUGACAAUGAAGUCUGACAUCUACAGUUUUGGGGUUGUUCUAUUGGAACUGAUUACUGGGCAAAAAGCACUUGAUUCAAACCGUGGUCAUGGGAAACACAAUCUCGUUGACUGGGCACGACCCAUGUUAAGAGACCGCAAAAACUAUCUGCAGUUAGCAGAUCCACAGUUGAAAGGCCAGUUCCUAGAGCCCGUUUUGCGUAGGGCUGUGGAGGUGGCGUCAAUGUGUGUCCAAGAAAAUGCUAAUGCCCGUCCUUCCAUGCGUGACGUUGUGCUUGCUCUGAAUUUCCUCUUGUCUCAACAGUUAGACCCCAAUGCAGCACCCAGCACUCAUGCUCAAGAUGAUGAAUCUGAAGAUCACAGAAUGGAUAUAUAUAGUGAUGGAAAUUGCCAAAGAAAUGGGGAUGGAACAACGCCGGAGAAAAAAGGAAGAAGUUUUGAGGGCCAGGGAGACUUGGAGGGUCAUGGUAAUUCUCCAAAGGAAGCAACCCGGUAUUUAAACAAGAAUUUGGAUCGAGAGCGCGCUGUUGCGGAGGCCAAGAUGUGGGGAGAAACUUGGAGAGAAAAGAGAAGACUAAGUGCGCAACCAAGUUCCGGUGCCUUAAACAGGUAGUUGACCUUGUGGCACAAUGGCAAACUUUCCAAUGUAAAUGUUUGGAAUCUUUGAAGGAAAUCAAAUAUUUCCAAUCAUAUAAAAAGUUGGAAUGUUAAUUAUAAUAAGAAAUGAGAAUUAGUUCUGAUGAGUUUUUUCCUCCCUUUUUUUGAGUAAAUUUUUGAAAAGGGUUCAUCAGGAAAGAGAGAUACUGGCAUAUUGCUUCUGCUCUUUUGUUUGGAUUUUUGUACUGACAUUGGAUUUAUCCAAGAAUAGAGAUACUGGAUCCAAACCAAUCACCCACUGAAAAUUGUAAUAAAACUUGCUGCUCUAAACAAUUGUUUAGACAUGUGGCUGAGUCUUCUUAUA